GUGUGUGUGUGCGUGUGCAUAUGACUCGAGUUUUUUGCCGACAAUCUGAGGAAAAAAAAUAGAAGCAAACUUAACUAAAGUUUGUCACUAAAAGCCGCUGAAUUAGUGGCGCAGAGGCGUAACAUAAACAAACGUUCGAGUGUGAAUGCUGUGCCAAACGGUACACCACCCCCUUCGGCACCGUCACACAGAGUAUAAAAAAUAUAUAUAAAUUAAAUAUAGAAGAGAAGUGCGUGCCAAGCAACUCAAGGAGGAAGAAGAAAAGCUAAAUAUUCGGAAAAAAUGCAGAUCAAAGAAUUCCGAGUGACUUUGCCAUUGACUGUGGAAGAGUACCAAGUCGCACAAUUAUUCUCGGUGGCCGAGGCGUCAAAGGAGAACACGGGAGGCGGCGAGGGCAUCGAGGUCUUAAAGAACGAACCCUUCGACAACUUCCCCUUGUUGGGUGGCAAAUACAAUUCCGGUCAAUACACAUAUAAGAUCUACCAUCUGCAAUCAAAAGUUCCAGCGUACAUAAGACUACUGGCGCCCAAGGGCUCGUUAGAGAUCCACGAGGAAGCUUGGAAUGCCUAUCCCUAUUGUCGAACGAUUAUCACGAACCCCAAAUUCAUGAAAGAUGCGUUCAAAAUAAUCAUCGACACGCUCCACGUGGGCGAUGCGGGCGACUCGGAAAAUGUGCACGAGCUGACGCCCGAUAAGCUAAAAAUGCGCGAGGUGAUACACAUCGACAUUGCCAACGAUCCGGUCUUGCCAGCGGAUUACAAACCCGAGGAGGAUCCAACCACCUAUCAGUCAAAGAAGACCGGACGUGGUCCGCUGGUGGGACCAGAAUGGAAGCGGCACGUUGAUCCUGUGAUGACCUGCUACAAGCUGGUCACUUGCGAGUUCAAGUGGUUCGGCUUGCAAAAUAGAGUAGAGACCUUUAUACAAAAAUCGGAGCGACGCCUUUUUACAAACUUCCAUCGACAAGUUUUCUGUUCAACUGAUCGCUGGUACGGUCUGACAAUGGACGACAUCCGCGCCAUCGAGGACCAGACGAAGGAGGAGCUGGACAAGGCGCGGCAGACGGGCGAGGUGCGGGGUAUGCGCGCGGACGGCGAUUAAAUCUAGUAGAAAAUUGUAAACAAAACUAUGUGUAUGUAAAAAAAAAACCAGGCAAAACCGAAACUAGAAGGUAAAAAAAAAAAAGAAACAAAUUAAUGAAAUGGAGAAAAAAUUGCAUAAAUAAAUUUAAAAAAUACAAACAAACUAACACCAAGAAAACAAUACAAAAUGAAAGCAAUUCAAAGUAACGGCUGCUGCAUCAACAAACAACAAGAAACAAAACUAAAAAACUAGAAACAAACAAUGCAAACACCAAGUGUACGACAACCGCAACAAGCUUAGAUCUAGUAUAGCACCAGACAAAUUAAAGAACCCUGUACACAGUUGCAACCGCAGUAAGUUAGUUAAGUUCCUUCCCCAUACAUUGUAUCUAAAUGUAGUUGCAAUGCAAGCCAACAAGGACACUACACGACAAGAACAACAGCAACAAAUAAACAAGGACAACUGUUGAUGGCACUUCCCCCCGCAUCCGAGUAUCCAAGUAUCUAAGCAUCCGUGCAUCACGAGAACACCAAUUGUUUAAGUUGCAUUUUGUAAAUUGUGAAAUAAACCAAAUGACAGUUAAUGUAUAAAGUUAAA